AUGACUACUACUCAGCGUGCCGAUUUCGAGGCGGUUUUCCCCUCCUUGGCCCAGGACCUCCUGGACCACGCAAAGAAAUACAACUUGCCCGACAAUGCCCUGGAGUGGUUUAACAACGCCCUCCAUGUCAAUGUCCCCGGUGGAAAGCUCAACCGUGGUCUCUCCGUGCCCGACACCGGUCUCGCACUCCUCCAGAAGCCCCUGACCGACGAGCAGUUCAAGCACCUCAGCACUUUGGGAUGGUUGACCGAGCUUCUCCAGGCCUUCUUCCUGGUCAGCGAUGAUAUCAUGGACAGCUCGAUCACUCGUCGUGGUCAGCCCUGCUGGUACCGUCACCAGGGAGUCGGCCUGAUCGCCAUCAACGAUGCCUUCAUGCUCGAAUCCGGAAUCUAUGUUAUCCUUAAGAAGCACUUCCGCUCCCAUCCCGCCUACAUUGAUCUUGUUGAGCUGUUCCACGAGACCGCUUGGCAGACAGAGCUGGGCCAGCUGUGCGACCUGAUCACUGCCCCCGAGGACCAUGUCGACCUGGACAACUUCUCCAUGGAGAAGUACAUGUUCAUUGUCACCUACAAGACCGCUUACUACAGCUUCUACCUCCCCGUCGCAUUGGCUCUGCACUACCUGCAGCUCGCCACCCCUGAGAACCUCAAACAGACCCACGACAUCCUCAUUCCCCUGGGCCAGUACUUCCAGGUCCAGGAUGACUACCUCGACGCCUACGGUGACCCGGCCGUCAUUGGCAAGAUCGGUACCGAUAUCAAGGACAACAAGUGCUCGUGGAUCAUCAACCAGGCUCUGCAGCUCGCCAGUGCGGAGCAACGCAAGACUCUCGACGCCGCUUACGGCCGCAAGGACGAUGAACUAGAAGCCAAGGUCAAGGUCAUCUACCGUGAGCUCAACCUGGAGAAGGUCUACCAGGACUACGAAGAGAAGGUUGUUGGAGAGAUCCGGACCAAGAUCGGCGCAUUGGAUGAGAGCCAGGGCCUGAAGAAGGGAGUCUUUGAGGCUUUCCUGUCCAAAAUCUACAAGCGCAGCAAAUAG